AUGCCUGAUGAACACCCCUCCAAAUGUCCAAAACUUCAAUUUGAAGAGAUAGAUCGUGAUUCAGGAACACGUAAACAAAUAUGUGAAUUUCCUAUCAACAAACAAGAUGAAAUCCGACGAGCUUAUCUCAUAGAAGGUCCAUACGAACCUAAAGAUAUAGUCUAUCCAUACAAUGAUGAUACUCAUCGUCGUCGAUUUCAACCUUCAUGGUUUGUUUCACAUAAGGAUUGGUUGGAAUACUCACCUUCAAUGGAUGCGUUAUAUUGUCUACCUUGCUACCUUUUUAGUAAGAAACCAAUAGGUCGUCUCGAAUCAGAUGCAUUCAUUUCAACAGGUUUUAAUAAUUGGAAAAAGGUGAAAAAUGGAAUGAAUUGUCCUUUAAUUCGUCAUGAAGGGAAAGAACCAAACUUCCCACAUAAAAUUGCUGUGAAAUGUUGCGAGGAUUUAAAGAAUUAUUCACGACAUAUUGACAAGCUAAUUGAGAAACAAACGUCAAAAGAAUUAGACAAUAAUCGGUUGCGGCUCAAAACCUCAAUAGAGUGUGCUCGAUGGCUAGCAUUCCAAGCUUGUGCUUUUAGAGGUCAUGAUGAAAGCCUUGAUUCAAAAAAUAGAGGCAAUUUUAUUAAAUUGAUAAAAUUCACAUCAACUUUCAAUGACAAAGUAGCCAGUGUUGUCUUGGAAAAUGCUCCAGGAAAUGCCAAAUAUACAUCACCCACAAUUCAAAAGGAGAUUUUGCAUAUUCUUGCUAGUAAUGUGGGAAAUGCUAUUCGUGAAGAAAUUGGGGAUGUAAAAUUUUGCAUUCUUGUUGAUGAAGCCCGGGAUGAGUCGAAGAGAGAGCAAAUGGCCAUCAUUUUGAGGUUUGUUGAUAAAGAAGGUUUCAUUAAAGAGCGUUUCUUUCAUGUUGUGCAUGUUAGAGACACUACUGCAUUGACUUUAAAGAAUGAGAUAUGUGCCGUCCUUUCUCUUUACAACUUCCACAUUGAAAAUAUUCGAGGUCAAGGAUAUGAUAGGGCUAGUAACAUGUGUGGUGAAUGGAAUGGAUUACAAGCUCUUUUUCUUAAAGAUUGCCCAUAUGCUUAUUAUGUACAUUGUAUGGCUCAUAGGUUGCAAUUAGCUCUAGUUACAGCAUCUAGAGAUAAGCGUAAUGAUGAAUUGCAACAUGCUCAAGCAGAACAAGUUGAGAAUAUGAUUGCUCCUAGUGAAAUUGAGACUGGAAGAGGUGCAAACCAGAUUGUUAUCAACACUAUCUCUGAGGAAGGGGCUAACUAUAAACAACGCAUUGAUGCUGAGGGAGCUUAUCAGUUGAGAGAUGAUGGAUGGGAGCCUUUACUUGCUAGUGUUAUAUCAUUUUGUGACCAACAUGAAAUUGAUAUUCCUGAUAUUAAUGCUCGUUACACUAAAGUUGCAAUAGACUUUCAAUUGCAAGAAUUGAAAAGUAGAUUUUGUGAGCUAACAACGGAACUUGUCAUUCUUAGUUUAGUUUUAAAUCCCAAUGAUGCUUUUAGAUUAUUCAAAAUUGUUGAUAUAUGCAAUUUGGUUAAGAAAUAUUAUCCUCAAGAUUUCACUGAACAUGAACGAGAACUUUUGAAGUCUCAAUUGCAACAUUAUGAGCUUGAUGUGAUAAAACAUCCAGAUUUUCAAAAUAUAAGUACAAUUUCCGAGCUAUGUAGGGGAUUAAAAAUUUCAGGAAAGUCUAAAAUCUAUUUUUUGAUUGAUAGACUUAUUCGUCUUAUGUUGACCCUUCCAGUUUCUACAGCAACUACAGAACGAGCUUUCUCAGCUAUGAAGUUGUUAAAAACAAGACUUCGCAAUAGAAUGGAGGAUGAGCUUUUGGCAGAUAAUAUGAUAGUUUAUAUAGAGAAGGAAAUUGCAGGAAAUUUCACUAUAGAGAUGAUAAUGGAUGAAUUUUAUUCCAUGAAAAAUCGUCGUUAG